UCUUUCAAAAAAUAGUUUAAAACUAGAUGUAAAAAGUUUGCAAUAGUUAAAGCUAUUCGAAAUGUCAGCUGAUCAAGAUCAGAAUGAACAAGAUCUGUCCAAUUUGUUGGGCAUAUCAAAGCAACUUGGGAAGAAUAGAAAUCGCACUAGUACUACCUUACUGGCUUUGCAAGAGACUAUAAAAGAAAAGCAGGUGAAAUUUAAAGAAUUAAGAGCGGCUAGAUAUCAAGAAUUGCAGUUACCACAAAGACACGUGUGUGAUAUGGUAGCUAUGUAUUUGGGCCUCGAUCCGAACCUCAUUAUGGAAGGAGCUAUAGACGACGACACUUACAUACACUUACUAAAUUACUUUUUGGACAAGAACGGAACUAGGGCCAUUUUAAUCAUAUAUCAAGAUGGUCCUCCAUAUCCUAUAGAAACUGGACGAUAUAAUCCUGUUACCAAAGGUCCCAUUAAACGAAUAUAUGUCACAAGAGGGAUAAAAGAAACGCUAAAAGAAAAAGCUGUAGCGGUUUAUAAAGUUAAACGGAUCACUCUAGAUUUAAAAAACAUAAACGACGAAAUAUUUUUUACUGAAAUGGACUUGAGCAGAGGAACAAAAAACUGCGCCUCAAUAGCCUACGAAAUAUUUGCUGAAUUAAUCGAUCCCCCGUUGAAAAUGUCGAAAGAAUGGGGAGACCUGCCCAAAACUGCUAUGGGAAGAAUGCAGAAGCUAAAUUUUUUGGGCGAUUUUGAUUCGUUUGUUAAAUUUCUUGACAAGACCAAGCUAGAUUUGGAAGGCAUCGUUUUAUUUACGAUCGAUGAAGAACUUGCUGACUUAUUAGCGAACGAGGCCGAUAGAUCGAAAUAUUAUUUUAACAAGGCUUUUAUUCAAAGGGUGGAAUCUCAAGUGAGAAUAUGGAACAAAUUAAUAGAAAGGUGUCUAGUACAAUAUCAACAAGUUAGGAGUGAAAACGAGUUUGUGGGUCCGAACGUGGAAGUGGAGUAUUGGCGACGCCAACUAACAAGGUUUACGAGCAUCGUGGAAUUCGUGGAUACCGAGCGCUGUAAUUAUUUUAUUAAGUUCUUAAAGGCUUGUUUUGGUGGCGAGAUUUGUAAGAUUUGGAAAAAGCACGUGAAUCUGGUAUACGAUACUCGAAACGAAUGCGCUGACAACUUGAAAUAUCUCUACUCGAUGGAAAAAUAUUGGGAACCGUUGUAUAGGUUGGAUCCUCCUCAAAUAGUGCCCCACAUACCGCCUUUGCUCUACGCCGUAAGAAUGGUCUUUACCACGUCCAGAUAUUACAACAGUACCGCCAAUAUAACGGCGAUUUUGGUGAAAAUAUCGAAUCAGAUUAUCAAGAAAUGUAGAGACUAUUUGGACUGCGAGGGAACGAAAACUGUGUGGAAUCAGCUUAAGAUAGUUGUAUUGGAUAAAAUUAAGACCUGUUUAGAUGUCUAUCUAAAAUACUACCAGUGUUUCAAAAGAACCCAAAAACAAAUGGAGGAAAAGGGAGAGAAGCAUUUUGACUGUUCGGAAAGUUUUAUAUUUGGUAAAUUCGAGACGUUUAAAAAAAGAUGCGAACAGAUUGUUUACGUAUUACAAACGACUGUCAAGUAUUCGAUCCUUCAACAAAGCACUAUCGAAGGUAUUGAUGUUUAUGCCCAGAAAUUCAAAGACUUUUUCACCGAAAUUUCAACUCAAAAGUACGACGCCUUGAACCAUCGUUUACCCUAUUUCGAAAAAGACUUUAAUCAGUUUAAACAGAACGUGGUUGACACUGAAUGGGAACUUGAAGAAUUUGUGGGUGCCUCACUAGAGAAGAUGACGGACGUUGAUAAUAUAUUGCGACUGUUGAAAAGAUUUGAGAAAUUGGAUUUGGAAUGUUUGCAUCUAGAUGAAAGAUACCUAGAGGCGAUGAUGUUAUUCCAAUUUGAGAUUGAAACGUUACGAGAUAGAUACAACGAAGAAAGGCAGGUUCCUCAGCUUCCCAGAAAUAUGCCGCCUGUGAGUGGCCGAAUCAUGUGGAUAAGACAUUUCUAUGCUAGGAUUGCCGAACCGAUGGAUGUGUUUAAAACAAAAACACGGGUUAUGCAGCAUAGAAAAGUUCAAAAAUGUAUUCAGCUUUUUAAUGCAAUGUCAAUGUGCUUUGUUCAUUAUGAGAAUAUUUUUCACCAGGGUUGGUUCGAUUACACUGCUCAGGUGAGAAAUUGUUUAAUAAAACCUAUUAUGUGUAAAGAGGAGAAGACGAGAAGGUAUCAAGUUAACUACCAUCCUUAUAUUACGGAAGUUAUUCGUGAAGCUGAAUACAUGUACAAACUAGAUUUAGCUGUUCCAGAUGUAGGUCAAGUAUUAGUAUUUUGCAAAGAUAAACUUCUGGAUUCGUACGAAAUGGUGAAAGCCUUAAUAGCGCGAAACGACAAAAUCAGAUCGACCAUUCCUCCAUUAUUUCUACCGAUGAUGAAGAUGCAAAUGAUAAAAAUGGAAAACGCAUUUAUGCCCGGAUUUUCAACCAUUACAUGGACAUCUUUGAAAAUUCCAGAGUUUUGUAAAGAAGUAACCGAUGUACUGGACUAUAUUGAGAUGUUUGUCAAGGAGGUUAGAGAUAUGAAAGAAGCAAGAAUUGAUGAAGUACUAGAAGUCAUCGGUAAAACUUCGUUCGUGUAUUUACCCAACGAACCGCUUCCUCCCGCAGACUUUCUGCAACAAAAUAUUAAUUUUUCCAAUAGUUUAAUAAAGGAUCUUCAGUUGAAAUCAUCGACAAUGGAAAAAUGCGUCACUGAUUUAAUUAAUAAAUUUUUGAGCGUUAUUGAUACGCCGGAAUUACAGGCAAAUAAAUACAAAUGGCUCGAUGCAGAGAAAGCUGUGAGACCGAUUGGGUCAAAUUCUCGCUUGUUAACCACAGCAGAUGCAGCGUUUAAAGAGAUUGAUAGAAAUUCCCCGAUAGACUUGUCAAGCAUCCAUGCAGACUGUAUAGAAAUGUUUGCUUAUUUUAACAUGAAAUUUACCGACGCCAUGAUAAAGGCUACCAAGUAUUCGUUGGAGAAAAUUAAAAAACGCGCUACUAGUAUGGACGAAGAAAUUAUACCAUCAAUGACCACGUAUAUGAUAUUGCAAAUUCCGAUAGCCGCAAUUAGCCCGAGUCUUGAUGAAAUUCAGAAUUAUUUUUCGCAGGUCAUACAAAAUAUCUUGGACGUAAAUAAAUUCAUAUCCCUUUGGGGCCAAGAGGAACUGAAAUCGGCAAUGAAGAAAGAGACUAUUGGACCUAAGGCGAGAAAUUAUUACAAAGCGGUGUCCGAAAACAAAGAAAUUGUAAGGGUAUAUAUGAGCUUACAAGGAAUUAUGUAUGUUUUAACUCCCGACGUUAACAGUUUACUGGAAACUUACCUAAAAUGGAAGUAUCUAUGGGUCGAGGAUCGAGACCAAAUAAUCGAUGAUUUUUGUGAAAAGAGACCUUUAAUUGUAGAGAUAUCGGAAAAAUUUGCCGAAUACGAUAAUAGGGCUCAAGAAAUACGCGACUUACCAGAACAUCAUGACGUUGGAGCUAUUAGAAUUGCGAUGGAAAAAUUGAAAUUAGCAUUACUGGUCGAAUCGGAUGCUUGGAAAUAUAUUAUGGGUAAUAAUUUAAGCUGUAGAUAUAAGAAGAAACUGAACACUAUGGUGGACUUUAUUAAAACUCAAGAGAAAGUUUUGAAUAAACCAAUUAAGGACCUGGAUGACUGCAGGAAUGCAAUGGCUUGUUUGGCCACAAUUCGCGAGAACUUUAUAGAAAUGGAUUUAGAUCUUAGUCUCAUGGAGGAGGCUUAUGGUACAUUCUCCAAAUUUAAGAUUGACACUCCAAAAGAGGAUAUUGAACGAGUGGAAAGUUUGAGAUUUAAUUUCCAAAAUAUGAUAACCCACUCUAAAGCUGUCCAAGAAGAUAUAUGCACCGUUCAGGGCCCGCUCCUAGAAGAACUGACAAACGGCGUAGCUAAUUUUAAAGACGAAGUUGAGGUAUUUGAUAAUGAUUUUGAAGAAAAAGGACCAAUGAUACCGGGUCUUAGCGCUAGAGAGGCUAGUGAUAGAGUUUUAGCCUUUCAAGAUCGCUUUGACGAAUUGUGGAGAAAGUUUGAGAUGUAUAGCAGUGGUGAACGACUUUUUGGACUAGAAGUAAAUGAUUAUCCAAUUCUCCAUCAACGAAAGAAGGAAUUUACACUGCUAAACAAAUUGUAUGGAUUAUAUCUGGCAGUAAAUCACAGUAUCGAUGGUUACUUUGAUUUAUUGUGGAGUGAUGUAGAUACUGAAGUUAUUUUUGCCGAACUGCAAGAAUUCCAGAAUCGUUGUCGUAAAUUACCUAAGGGAAUGAAAGAUUGGCCCGCCUUCUUAGAUUUAAAAAAGAAAAUAGACGAUUUCAGUGAAACUUGUCCAUUAUUGGAACUUAUGGCCAAUAAGGCUAUGAAAGAGAGACACUGGAAACGUUUGACGAAUUUAACUGGCUACCAAUUUGAUGUGGAUUCUCCUACCUUUACAUUGAGAAAUGUGAUGGAAGCGCCUCUCUUAAAGAAUAAAGACGACGUAGAAGACAUUUGUAUCAGUGCAGUAAAGGAGAAGGAUAUAGAGGCCAAAUUAAAACAGGUCAUUGCCGAUUGGGCAGUUGUCGAAUUAUCGUUUUCCAGCUUCAAGUCUAGAGGAGAAUUACUUUUGAAAGGAACUGAAACGGGGGAAAUUAUCACUACUCUCGAAGAUAGCUUGAUGAUUAUGAAUUCGUUACUAAGUAAUAGAUACAACGCCCCAUUCAAGAAGGAUAUUCAGCUUUGGGUACACAAGCUUGUGACUACAUCGGAGAUUCUUGAAAGAUGGUUGAUCGUACAAAAUUUGUGGGUAUAUCUUGAAGCUGUUUUUGUUGGAGGUGAUAUAGCCAGACAGUUGCCCCAAGAAGCCAAACGAUUUAAUAACAUCGACAAAUCGUGGAUAAAGAUAAUGACCAGAGCUCAUGAGAUACCAAACGCUGUAGAAUGUUGUACUGGGGAUGAAACUAUGGGUCAGUUAUUACCUCAUCUUUUGGAACAACUCGAAACUUGUCAGAAGAGUUUAACUGGAUAUUUGGAGUCCAAAAGAUUAUGUUUCCCACGUUUCUUCUUCAUCUCCGAUCCGGUGCUCUUAGAAAUCCUUGGUCAGAGUUCGGAUCCAACCUCUAUACAAGCUCAUCUGCUCAGUUUGUUUGACGCUGUAUAUUCGGUUGAUUUUGAUGAAAAGAAAAUCGAUACUAUAGUAUGUAUGAAUUCCAAUCUUGGCGAGAAAGUAGUUUUUGAAAAACCCGUCGUUUGCCAAGGCGGUGUUGAAUUCUGGUUGAACAGUUUACUUUUUAUGGUUCGGGAAACGGUGAAAGGAGUUAUUGCCGCCCAAGCGCAAUGUCUGGUUGAUCCAGAUUAUGAUUUUAUUACCGGAAUGACUGCCUAUUGUGGACAGGCGGCUUUGGUGGGUAUCCAGGUGUUAUGGACCAAAGAAGCUGAGAUUGCAAUUAAAAGAGCUCGAGUGGACAAAAUGGCAAUGCGUAUAACCAAUCAAAGAUUCCUAGAUUUACUUAAUUCUCUAAUUGAUUUAACAUCCAAGGACUUAAGCAAAAUGCUGAGAACGCACUAUGAAACGAUGGUCACUAUUCAUGUUCACCAAAGGGAUAUUUUCGACAAUAUCUGUAAAUUGCGAGUCAAGUCUUUAUUAGAUUUUGAGUGGCAGGCUCAGUGUCGCUUCUAUUACAAUAUUGAAAAUGAUGACGUUAUUGUCCGAAUUACCGACGUCAUAUUUCUAUAUCAGAAUGAAUACCUUGGAAUUACCGAACGUUUGGCUAUCACUCCUUUAACCGAUCGAUGUUAUAUAACUCUGGCUCAAGCAAUAUGGAUCAACAUGGGUGGUGCUCCCGCUGGUCCAGCAGGAACUGGAAAAACUGAGACAACUAAGGACAUGGGAAGAACUCUGGGCAAAUUCGUUGUCGUAUUUAAUUGCUCGGAUCAAAUGGAUUUCAGAGGACUCGGCAGAAUAUUUAAGGGAUUAGCGCAGUCUGGUACUUGGGGUUGUUUUGAUGAAUUCAAUCGAAUCGAUCUCCCUGUCUUAUCCGUGGCUGCCCAACAGAUCUAUAUCGUACUUCAGGCAAGAAAAGAACGGAAAGCGGUGUUUAUCUUUAUGGACGGUGAUCACGUCAGCAUGAAUAUAGAAUUUGGAAUAUUCUUGACUAUGAAUCCUGGAUAUGCCGGUCGUCAAGAAUUACCUGAAAACUUAAAAAUUAUGUUUAGGAGUGUGGCAAUGAUGGUACCGGAUAGACAGAUUAUUAUUAGGGUUAAAAUGGCAUCUUGUGGUUUUAAAGAGAACAUUAUCUUGUCUAGGAAGUUUUAUACGUUGUAUCAGUUGUGCGAGGAACAACUAUCAAAGCAGGUCCAUUACGAUUUUGGACUAAGAAAUAUCCUGUCUGUUUUAAGAACUCUUGGUGCGCAGAAAAGAAGUCAUCCUUCUGAUACAGAAGAGACCAUUGUAAUGAGAGUAUUGAGGGAUAUGAAUUUAAGUAAAUUAAUAGACGAAGAUGAACCGUUGUUCUUAUCCUUGAUAGAAGAUAUGUUUCCGGGCAUUAAAUUAUCUACGUACGCCUGGAAAGACCUACAGAAAGCCGUUACGAACGUUUGCAUUGACAUUGGUAUAAUUAAUUAUCCAUCAUGGAAUUUGAAAGUCGUUCAAUUGUAUGAAACGUCUCUUGUAAGGCACGGUUUAAUGGUGCUUGGCCCUACUGGUGCCGGGAAAACAAAGUGCAUGCACACCUUAAUGAAAGCUAUGACGGAAACUGGAUUGCCCCACAGAGAAUUAAGGAUGAAUCCCAAAGCUAUCACUGCACCACAAAUGUUUGGGAGAUUGGAUGUAGCAACAAACGAUUGGACAGAUGGUAUUUUCUCUACGCUCUGGAGAAGAACGCUUAAAUUUAAAAAGACAGAUUACUGUUGGUUGGUUUUGGACGGCCCUGUUGACGCCGUAUGGAUAGAAAAUCUCAACUCUGUAUUGGACGAUAAUAAAACUUUAACUUUAGCUAAUGGGGACAGGAUAGUUAUGGCAAAUAACUGUAAACUUGUGUUUGAACCUGACAAUGUAGAUAAUGCUAGUCCUGCUACUGUAUCUCGAAUGGGUAUGGUGUUUAUGAGUUCUUCCGUUUUGCCAUGGCCCCCAAUUCUUGAAGCUUGGCUAAAAAAACGGGCGCAACAGGAGGCCGACACUUUGAGAACUUUGUUCAACAAAAGUUUCGGAGAUCUCCAUGGCUAUGUUCAAGCGAGACUGAAAGCUAAAAUGUUUGUUAGGGAAGCUUUGUACAUUCGACAAUGUUGUGAUGUACUACAAGGCAUAUUGGAUAUAUCAGAAGAGCCUAAGAACUGGACGGACAAACAACUGGAACGCCUCUACAUAUUUGCCGUAAUGUGGUCUUUGGGGGCGCUGCUCGAGCUGGAGGACAGGGUGAAACUAGAAGAUUUUGCUUUAGCGCACCCCUCAAAGUUGGACUGGCCAAAAUGCAAAGAAAACGAAACCAUAUUUGAAUACGUGGUAAACGCGGAAAAUGGCAAAUGGGAACAUUGGCGCGAACGCGUCGAAGAGUUUAUUUAUCCGAAAGAUUCUGUAUUGGAAUUUACAAAUAUAUUAGUACCGAAUGUGGAUAAUGUGAGAAGUGCGUUUUUAAUACAUACCAUUGCCAAACAAAAUAAAGCAGUGCUUUUAAUUGGUGAACCGGGUACGGCAAAGACAGUAAUGAUUAAAGGCUACCUUUCAACGUUUGAUACAGAUUAUAAGUUGAAUAAAUGUUUUAACUUUUCUUCAGCAACUACACCUAAUAUGGUACAGCGAAUUAUCGAGUCUUAUGUAGAUAAACGAGUGGGUACAACAUACGGUCCACCUGCUGGGAAGACAUUAACUAUAUUUAUUGAUGACAUUAAUAUGCCGGUAAUUAAUGACUGGGGAGACCAAAUUACCAACGAAAUAGUACGUCAACUUAUGGAAACUGGAGGCUUUUAUAGCUUGGAUAAACCAGGCGAUUUCUCAUAUAUCGCCGACGUUAUGUUGCUGUCAGCUAUGAUCCAUCCAGGAGGUGGUCGAAAUGACAUACCCCAUAGACUUAAAAGACAAUAUUGUAUAUUUAAUUGCACCUUGCCGAGCAUCACUUCUAUGGAUUUAAUCUUUAGACAGAUUGGUUGUGGAUACUUUUGUAUCGAACGGUUUGAGGAAGAAGUCGUUGAAUUCAUGCCAAAAUUAAUUCCAUUGACUAGACAUAUUUGGCAGAAAACGAAACAGAAAAUGCUGCCAACGCCGGCCAAGUUUCAUUACGUUUUUAAUCUACGUGAUUUAUCUAGAAUAUGGCAAGGAAUACUGACAGUUCAAAAUUUGGAAUGUCGUAAUAAAAAGAUGGCGUUGAAACUUUGGAGACACGAAUGUGAACGGGUGAUAGCGGAUAGGUUUACUAUAAUACCCGAUAAAGUGUGGUUUGUAAAUCUUUUAAAAACUGUAGCAGCCGAAGAACUGGGAGAUGAUUUUGAAGCUUAUCCGGAGGAGGAAACUUUCUGGGUGGAUUUUCUUAGGGAUCCCCCCGAACCAACGGGUGAAGAGCCAGAAGAUUUCUGCUUUGAUGCACCAAAAAUUUAUGAAGAAAUUCCUAGUUGGACUUUUCUUAAAGAAAGGCUCUUCGCAUUCAUGGCUGAAUAUAAUGAAGCUGUACGCGGUUCUCCAAUGGACCUGGUAUUUUUCCACGAUGCCAUGGUGAAUUUAAUGAUAAUAUCAAGAGUUAUUCGAACUCCUCGCGGCAAUGCUUUAUUAGUAGGAGUUGGUGGAUCAGGAAAACAGAGUUUAACAAGACUUUCAUCUUUCAUAGCUAACUACAAAAGUUUCCAAAUUCAAUUAACCAGAACAUAUAAUGUGAAUAACUUAAUGGAAGACAUGAAAGGGCUUUAUAGGGUGGGAGGAUUGGAAGGACGCGGAAUGACAUUUAUUUUUACAGACAACGAAAUAAAAGACGAGACAUUUUUGGAGAGUAUUAACAAUAUUUUAAGUUCAGGCGAAAUUGCUAAUCUGUUCGCCAAAGACGAGUUGGACGAAAUCCAAUCCGAAUUGAUUCCGAUAAUGAAAAAAAUUCAACCGAAGCGCCCUCCGACUGUAGAUAACCUGUAUGACUUUUUUAUUACGAGAUCUAGACAAAACCUCCAUGUUGUUUUAUGCUUUUCACCUGUAGGAGAGAAGUUUCGUAGCAGGGCUCUCAAAUUUCCCGGGUUAAUUUCCGGUUGCACGAUCAAUUGGUUCCAAAAAUGGCCUCAAGACGCUUUAGAAGAAGUAUCUGAACAUUUUUUGACACAAUACGAUGUUGUAUCAACUCCCGAAGUAAAAAGGGAACUUAUUUUGAUUAUGGCUGAAGUUCACGAUGGAGUAUCGGAUUAUUGUGAGAAAUAUUAUGACAAAUUCAGACGGAGAACCUACGUGACACCAAAAACUUUUAUAUCGUAUUUAGCUGCCUAUAAAGAACUUUAUAAGAAAAAAGUUGACAACAUAGAUAUGUUGGCGAUGAGAAUGAAAACUGGACUUUCCAAGUUAGUUGAAGCGCAGGCUAGUGUUGAUAUUUUAAGGCAAGAGUUAGCAGUCAAAGAGCAAGAAAUGACAGUCGCCACGGAAGCAGCUGAAAAAGUAUUAAAUGAAGUACUUGCUGCAAGUGAAAUAGCAAACAAAAUUAAAGAGGAAGCUACAGUGGUUAAAGAAAGGGCUGAAAACUUAGUAGAAUUGAUCAGCGUUGACCAAAAAGAGGCAGAACAGAAGCUGCUGGCGGCAAAACCCGCUUUAGAUGCCGCUGAAGCUGCUCUUUUGACAAUUAAAGCCGCUGAUAUAGCAACCGUCCGAAAGCUAGGAAAGCCACCAUAUUUAAUUUUGUUAAUUAUGGAUGCAGUGCUUAUAUAUUUUAAGAAACGAAUUGAGCCCACAAAGCCCGAUUUUGAAAAAAAUUUCUUACUUCCAUCAUGGACCGAUUCUCUAAAAGUUAUGGCAGAUACGAACUUUUUGAAGAAUCUCCAGAAUUAUCCUAAAGAUACAAUUAAUGCUGAGAUUGUUGACUUACUUCAGCCAUACUUAACUCAUUCUUUGUAUACAUACGAGGCUGCGAAAACAGCUUGUGGUAACGUAGCCGGUUUAAUUGCUUGGACUAUAGCUAUGUCUGCUUUCUUUGAAGUUAACAGGGAAGUAUUGCCACUAAAGGCUAACUUGACUAUUCAACAAGCUAAAUUAUCCAAGGCUCAAGAAGAAUUAGAGGCAGCUAUGGAAUUGCUUGCUACUAAAGAAGCAGAAGUAAGAGAAUGUCAAAAACAGUAUGAUGAGGCUAUGGCAUUCAAACAAGAAAUAUUUGAAGCUGCGAUGAAAGUUAAAAAUAAAAUGGAUGCUGCAACGGCGCUUAUCGAUGGGUUAGCAGGAGAACGAAUCCGAUGGACUGAGCAGUUGGCGCAAUUUAAGGCCGAAACCGAACGCCUAAUUGGCGAUGUCGUUUUACUGACUGGUUUCUUAGGUUAUACUGGUCCUUUCAACCAAGAAUUUAGAUCUGUUAUGCAACAGAACUGGCUUGAUUCUUUAAUUAGAAGAAAAAUACCAGUUACUCUAAGUAUAAAUAUUAUAGAUAGCUUAACGGAUAUGGCAACCAUCGGCGAGUGGAAUUUGCAAGGAUUGCCAACAGACGAACUUUCGAUACAAAAUGGCAUUAUUGUUACAACGGCUUCUAGAUUUCCACUUUUAAUCGAUCCACAAAGUCAAGGAAAAGCUUGGAUAAAGAUGAAAGAAAAACAAAAUAGCUUAAUAGUGUCCUCUUUAAGUCACAAAUAUUUUAGAAAUCACGUAGAAGAUGCUGUCUCCUUAGGUUACCCAAUGAUUAUUGAAGAUAUAGCUGAAGAACUAGAUCCUGUUUUAGAUAAUGUCCUUGAAAAGAAUUAUAUUAAGAUAGGAACUACUUUUAAAGUUAAAUUAGGAGAUAAGGAAGUUGAUGUGAACGCCGGGUUUAAGCUAUAUAUUACUACAAAAUUAGCUAACCCUAAUUACACUCCGGAAGUGUUUGCGAGAACAGCUAUCAUAGAUUUCACAGUCACAAUGAAAGGUUUAGAAGAUCAGUUGCUUGGAAGGGUUAUUUUGACGGAGAAGAAAGAGUUGGAAAUGGAGAGAACUACUCUGAUUACAGAUGUCACAGCUAAUAGAAGGAAAAUGUUGGAACUUGAACAGAAUUUACUAUAUAAACUAACAACGACUAAAGGAUCGUUAUUAGAUGAUGACUCUGUAAUUGAGGUGUUAAAUGUGACGAAAAAUACAGCUGCCGAAGUUCGUGAAAAGUUACAAAUUGCUAAAGAAACAGAAGUAAAAAUCAAUGCAGCUAGAGAAGAAUUUAGGCCUAUCGCCACUCGAGGAAGCAUUUUAUAUUUCCUGGUAGUUAGUAUGGCAAUGGUGAACUACAUGUAUCAAACAUCGCUAGUACAGUUUCUGGAAAGAUUUGAUGUGUCUAUGAACAGAUCCGAAAAAUCUGCUAUUAUUAGUAAAAGAAUUCACUUUAUAAUUGAUUAUCUUACUUAUGAAAUUUUCAAAUAUAAAUCGAGGGGCCUAUAUGAACGACAUAAAUACCUAUUUGUUUUGCUAAUGUGCUUGAAUAUCGACUUAGAAAGGGAACACAUCACACAUGACGAAUUUCAAAAUUUCAUUAAAGGCGGCGCAGCUUUAGAUUUAAAUGCCUGUCCUCCAAAAGCAGCAAAGUGGAUCAUGGAUCUAACUUGGUUGAACCUGGUUGAGUUAACCAAAUUGCGCCACUUCCAGUAUAUUGUACAACAAGUUACUGCUAAUGAUAAACAGUGGAAGAGUUGGUUUGACAAAGAUGCUCCAGAGGAAGCUAUAAUUCCAGAUGGAUAUAAUAAUUUAGAUACCUUUAGAAAACUUUUAGUAAUACGCUCUUGGUGUCCAGAUAGAACCAUCACACAAAGUCGUAAAUAUAUUGCUAAUUCUUUAGGGCUCAGGUUUGCUGAACCAGUUAUAUUGAAUUUUGAAUCAAUGCAUGAAGAAUCGAGACCUUUAACGCCUUUGAUAUGCUUCUUGAGCAUGGGCUCUGAUCCUACUCCGUAUAUUGAGAUGUUGGCUAAACGAUUAGAACUAAAGAGUAAAAGUAUUUCAAUGGGACAAGGACAAGAGGUUCAUGCUAGAAAAAUGUUAGCUCAAGCAAUGCAAGAGGGAUUCUGGGCAUUGUUGCAAAAUUGUCAUUUAUCGUUGGACUAUAUGCAGGAAGUGCUUCUUCAGUUUCUGGAUUUGGAGAAGGGAAUUGGCAGUGUUCAUCCUAAUUUUCGGCUUUGGAUAACUACCGAGGAGCACGAGAAGUUUCCAAUAAGUUUACUUCAGAUUUGUAUUAAGUUUACGAAUGAAGCUCCCUCGGGUAUAAGAGCGGGUCUUAUGAGAACCUACAGCUCUAUGAAUCAAGAUAUGCUGGAUUACUCAGAUGCAUGGCAGUAUAUACCAUUAGUUUAUGCAAUAUCAUUCUUGCACACUACUGUUCAAGAACGUAGAAAAUUUGGACCUUUAGGUUGGAAUAUACCUUAUGAAUUUAAUUCAGCCGAUUGGUUAUCGAGUUGCCUCUUUUUACAAAAUCAUCUGGAUGACCUUGAUCCUAAAAGAGGAAUUAGUUGGCAAACGCUGAGGUACAUGUUAGGAGAAGUGCAUUACGGAGGAAGAGUUACUGAUGACUUUGAUAAGAAAUUACUUAACACAUUCUGUAGAGUAUGGUUCAAUGAUGAUAUAUUUAAGGAAGAUUUUAUAUUUUAUAAAGGUUACAAAAUAGUGAAGUUUAAAAAUGUUACCGACUAUCUCGCCCACAUAGACGGUUUUCCUACCAUAGAUCCUCCUCAAGCAUACGGAUUACACUCUAACGCAGAUAUUACAUAUCAGACCAAUACAACUAUUGAAAUGUUUAAUGUUAUGUUGGCUAUUCAACCUAAAGAAUCUGGCGGAGGUGGUGGAGAAUCCAGGGAAGGUGCGGUGAAACGACUGUCUACGGACAUGUUAUCCAAAUUGCCCAAAAAUUAUGACCCGUUUGAAGUCAAAGAAAGGUUAAGAAUUAUGAAUCAUCUGAAUCCACUAAAUAUCUUUUUGAGACAAGAAAUAGACAGAAUGCAAAAAGUUAUUAGUUUGGUACGCGCUACUUUAACAGAUUUGUUGUUGGCAAUUGAAGGUACUAUCAUUAUGAGUGAGGCCCUUGGAGAAGCUUUGGAUAGUAUUUAUGAUGCUAAAGUUCCAUUUAUUUGGCUAAGAGGAUCGUGGGAAUCUAACACUUUAGGAUUCUGGUUUACUGAGCUAAUAGAACGUGAUGCUCAGUUUAGGUCUUGGUGUUUCAGUGGAAGACCGCCAUGGUUUUGGAUGGCCGGUUUUUUCAACCCUCAGGGCUUCUUAACCGCCAUGAAGCAAGAAGUAGCGAGAGCUCAUAAAGGCUGGGCUCUAGAUCAAGUCAGUCUCCAUAACGAGGUUACCAAAAAUAUGAAAGAAGAGAUAUUUAGUGCACCACCGGAAGGUGUAUUGGUUUACGGACUAUAUCUAGACGGAGCCGGUUGGGAUCGAAGGCACGUUAGAUUGACAGAAUCGACGAACAAAGUUCUUUACACGAUGAUACCCGUCGUUCAUAUAUUUGCGAUUUAUUCGACUGAUCCGAAACCAGCAACAUUGUAUACGUGUCCAGUGUACAAGAAAGCUAGACGAACAGGUCUUAAUUUUAUAACUACCCUGUGGUUGCAAACGGUGAAACCGCCAGAGCACUGGUGCUUGAGAGGAGUAGCUUUUCUUUGCGAUGUUCAGUAAAUCGA